CCGUUCCAUAACGAGGAUAUGAUGUUUGGAAGAUGUUCAUUUUUUGGAGGGUGUACGGUGUACCGCGCUGUACCGUGUACAGGGAAAUACAGUUCCGUAUUAUAAAUAUGACCCACCGGUACCAUCGGCGACUCAUUGUCAAGCUGGCCUUCGUGUAGGUCAUCCGGUUCGCUACAGUUAAGGUGUGUAUGAGUGCGCGUGUGACCGUUGUGCGCUUGUGUGUGGCAGCGUGUAAGUGAGACUGGAAGAUCUAGCCCGAACCGGUGCCGUAACCGUCUGCCCCGCAGGGUGUUCUGCAGUGCUGUGUUAACGUGUGUUAAAACCAUCGCAAACAUAAUGACCCGAAGACUGAUGUUAGUGGUGCUGCUGGUCGCACUGGUUGCCUUAGACCCAACGUCCGCAUUGCAGAAGAAGAAAAAACGUGGCAUUUAUCAUGGAUUGCAUGGGUUUGCGCUAGCAGGUCAUGCGGCCGUUCCACUGCACGGUGUCCCUUCGUUUCACAAGGGCUACCAUCCUAGUCCGUACGCGAGAUUUCCCGGUCUUCACAAGGGAUCACUCGGAGGGGUGCUUCCACCAGGAUAUGCCCUGUUCCCAGGAGGUGCUAGCGUUAUGUCCUAUCAGCGAAACUUCCCCCGCUAUCCCACACUCUACGGAGCUGGUCUAUAUCCAGGGUUUGGAGUUGCUCCCGUUAAGCCGCUGGCCGGCUUCGCUCCCACACUUACUCCCUUUGGUGCUGCACCGGCUCUACCAGCGUAUCCGGCGGGAGUUCCGGCUGCUUUUCCACAAGCAUUCGUACCACUGGGAGCUCCAACAGCCAGUGGCAAUACUCAACAAACUUACUUUGCGACCUACCCUCAGAAACCGUUGAUUCCCGUUGCAGUUCCCGUGCAGCCGGACGUACCGGCAAAGGUUCCUGUCGUCGUACAGAAACCUUUCUACACGGCAUUCUCAACCGUGGUACCGAAUGGAGGACUUAUACCGGGUGGAGUUUACAACCCAGGACACACGGUUGCCGUCUCUAAUGUACAACCUCAGUUCGUGGGAAUUCCGGUCGCAACAGGAAGUGCGAGCGGGUUUACGCCUACGAUCGCUACUACGCUCAGUGCUGGCACUACGCAAGUCACACAAGCCCCUCAACAACCCUGGAGACCGGUGGUGGUGAAUCAACCUGUAGCGCCAACACCAACUCCACCGUCCAAUGCGUACCUUCCAUCGUACGCAACCUCGCAAGGACAGAUUUACAUCAGCAGCACACCGGCUCCAUCGCUGCACGAUCAUCAUCAGCAGCAGUCGCAUCAUCAAGCCUUGCUGGAUCUCGAUCAGGGAUCCCUACACCACCAGGAUGGUAGUGGUGCGUUUAACGGACAGCCGUACGAUGUUGCCUCAAACCAUGGCCGAUACACGGGACCAUCCAGCUACGAUGUCGAUAUCACCCACAACGGGUACCAGAAGAAGAAAAAGUAGGAUGCACAAUCGAAUGCCACUGCGUCCCACCCAAGUCAUAUGCCAGCAGUUUCUUGGUUUUGUUAUGAGUUUUUACACGCAUACGUGCGUUCUGUUUUAGUUUCGUUAAACUGAUUGAACUAAUUUAAAAGAAAUAAAUUAUUUUCACCUCGUAGUUUGGGCUGUAGCGUAACGCAUUCAAAAGACUUCAACGUCCGAUGAAACGACGAACCCGAAAUAUUUUAUCGUUUACACUUUCGAACAUGAGUUACUUACAAAACUAUCACGAAAAAACGUUCAUGUUGGAGGACGUGAUUAAUUUAA